AUGGAAGACUAUAUUUCCCCCCCCCCCCAGGCAACAGUGACGGAGACAUCUGGAAGUUUAAGCACGGAACUGGAACAAAACUUGUUUUUUGUUGACACCCAAAGCGCCUUGAAGCCCCCAAGUGCCACAGUGGGGAAAGCUGCCGCUCUUGAGGAGGGUCCAGGAGAGACAGAAAUCUCUGAGCGAUUAAGCGGAAGUUCUGUUGAGUGUUCCGACGGCGAGCAAGGGAACCCCACUAGUGCACGGUACUCUGAAGACUUUGACUCGCUGUCUGAGAACACAGAAAGGCAGUCCUCUUCAGAGGAUUCACGGGACGGGCUGGAUGCCUCUCUGCAGGCCAGACUCUCCGAUCCGUCCUCUCCCUGCCUGCCCCCAGGGGGAACCAAAAGGCCCCAGUCAGCAAGGAGGAUCACCACAAAGGAAGUGGCUGUGCAGACUCACAGCUCCUCACUCACACCUCAUGGGUUAAAAACUGCUGCUGCUACCGUUGACUGGAUUGUUGAAGGCCCCACCACCAGCCAUGUUGUGAGCAUGGAUGCCCUAGAAGAACUGACAACAUACAGACCUGCCGUGUCGGCCUUAAGUGAUAUGUUGAAGCAGAACUUGCUACUUAUCCAGCAGUUUGUCGAGGCCAGCCGCCACCUUCAUUCGUCUUUUGUGGCCCUGCUGGAGGAAGAAGAAUUCCACUACCACACCCUGGAAGAAGCCAAGAGGUACAUCAACCAUCACAAGUGUCCGCCUCUGACCCUGGAGCAAGCUUUGCAUGAGCUGGAAGAACAGAAGCAAGUGGUGGUUUAGAUCCUCAGGGCCCCUCGGGAAAGGAAAAGCAGAGGCAGGUGGCCAAGACUGCCUUGAAAAUGACUGUGGCUCCGGCAGCACAUAUACUAAAACUGGAACGAUGCAGAGAAGAUUAGCAUGGACUGUGGCCUUUUCUCAGCAGGGGAGGCGCACCCUGAAUGUGGAAACGAAACAGAGGCAGAAGAGGCUUUUAAGGAAAUUAAUCCCAAGAGGGCUUUUGCAGGCUGACCAAUGCAAGGGCAUCUGAGCUCAAGGCCAGGUCCCGCUGCUGGAAACUCCACACUAAAACCCAAACUGCUCAGGGUUGAAAGAGCCAGACUGAAAGUUUCUUCUGGUGCUGCAUCCUCCCCUCCUUUCCCCUU